AUUGGAUGGAUCGUUGUCGCAACUUUUUUACUGUUACUUGAUUCACCGUCAUACUACCUAGUACCUUAUUUUUUUUUUCUUCUCUAUGCUCAUGCUUGAUACAUCCAUCCCAUCCUUUCAUCCCAACUCUAUCGAGUACCUUAGAUAUAAACUUGUUCACCCCCUUACAACUCUUUACUUUGACUUCAUCACCAUCACUCACUUACCUUCUACGCAUUACCUUACCUCACAUUCUUGCUCUCCCUAGCUACCUUGCCUUACGCCGUAGCUGUUUGCCCAUCGAGCUCUUGCGGGUGCUGUCCCUCCCCCACCCGCCGCCGUCUCUACCUAUCUCCUCCAGCUUUCACCCACUUCCUCCUCGCUCUCCUCUGUGCGUUGAACACCGCUGCUCGUCUUCUGCGCUGCAUCACUUCUAGCUCAUGCUGCUCGGACCCUUCCUUCGUAUCCAUUCUUAUAUUAUUAUUCUCAUCGGUUGUUGGCAAGGGCCGUAUUCGUUGGCGUCGUCGUUCGCUUCCGUCCGUCACUAUCAUCACCACCGACAUCGCCGCCGCCGCAAUCACUUCAUCCAUAGCAAUUUCGGUCUUCCUACCUUCGAUCUAUAACGCCCGUUCAAUAUCGCCCUUCAACAGUCAUGUCUUCCGUCGCCCCUCAUCAGGGUUCGGCCGUCGGCGUUGCGGUAGAAGCUCGCCAAGAAGCUCCAGAACUGUCGCAGAACCGUGUGGCUCCGUACUCUCACAAUAACGUCUUUGCCCGCAUCCAGUCUCGUGGUGCCAACAAUGGUCACGUUGCUGGCGGUCAACCUCGAGAACAUAGCAUUGCGAGCCUGGAAGCCGGCAUGGCCAGGUACCAGCCGAUGCAUUCUGUCGUUACCGGUCCGUCAAACUCAAACUUGGCUGGUAUCGGUGCACAGUUCAAGGGAUUGUUCAAAGACUAGCCGCGUUGGUUCGUCCCAAUACCUUCCCUCAACAUUACUCAAUAAGGUAGGUUUGUGCGUUUCGUUGACUUUUCUUUCCUUAACUUGCUUUCUCGUUUUUCUGAUAGACGGCAUCUCCUUGUCCGCAGUUGCCACAAUCUCCAAGUCGUUGACCUGAACCAACUCUGGGAGACUACUGUCGAGACACAUAUGAAGCUGGGCCCACGGGACCAGCAAUGUUGAUGUGAUAUAGAAACCUCCAAGGUGGCAUCACUGCGUAUGCAAGUUGGUCGAAGUGGUUCUGUUGAUCAGAAGCCGCCAGGAGGUUGAAGCAGAUACCCUACCAUUUUUCUGUUUGUAAAUAUUAUACCCAUUUUGCCUUCUGUGCGACGGGAAAGAGGCCCUGUUUUCAGCUUUCGUGCAUCGCUCUUACAUGUUUGGUUUCUCUGUUUCUUUUCCUAUCGUGUGUAUUGUGUUUGGAGUGUUUCAAAUUCUGUAUUGCUGUUGGUGUUUUCUCGGUUAUUCGCUGGCGUUUUAGAGCAUUGCAGACCGCUUCUCCAAGAAGCAGCGGUAUUGGAGUGCAUGGGCGUGGAAUGAAGGAGGAAACCAUGCCCCGAGCAACCUGAUACCAUUUUGGGAUCGCAAUAUGUGGUACGAGGGACUGCUUAUUCUUCUCAUUGCGUGAAUCGUUCCCUUGUGUUCCAGUCGGCAUGAAUCUCAUGAGCAUACGUCAGCAUAGACCCAGAGCUCUCAUGCCGCGGGCGGCACAGGUCGAGACAGCAUAAGUCCUGGUUGCGCAAGCCUUACGAUGAAAGACUCAAGACGAUUGACGAUGCACGUUUCCUGGUGGAAGAGAUGAGAAAACUGAGAAUGAUGAGGGACAAAGCAUGGCACCGAGAGGGGGUUGGGCUUUAUCUAUUUGUGGGCGGCUCAGUCAUCAAACAGCCAAUCAGGCUAGAGUUUUCUUGACCUUAGGCCCCAAAACCCAUGGAUAACAAUGCAUCAUCAAUCGAGAGCAUAAUCCUCGGGCUUCCUGAGGCAUACUCUGUGGCCAAUUAUCUCCUGGCAGAUCAUCAAGGCUCUCCUCCACUACAAGGAGUAGCCCUGUGAAGCUCCAUUCAUUGGCUUUGGUCACUCAAACCAGUUGGCCUCAUUUUGGGUGUUUUAUCAAAAGUACCAUCUCAAGGGAGCACGGGAGAAUGGACUGCAUGACUCAUAGGUUAUUUGUUAUUUUGGAACAUCUCCUUCUUGGAUCGAAAUGUACAGUUUACGACAUGCUGGGUUUAUUGUGCUAUUAUAGAUUGGUAUCGUUCAGAGCACUAAGGUAUAUUGCAUUACACAGGGGUAGACAGGCAUUGAUUAUAAAUAAAAAACAUAAUGUGGUGGGCAUGGGUGUUCCUAUCCUCUGGAGUUCUGUGAAGCUUCAAUUAUUCAUCUCUUGAAGCAGCAUAAGUUCACGGCGUAUGUUGUCAUCAUCUCA